CAUUUUCCUUCGACUCUAAUUCCUUUUCUCGUGUUCACAAACUUCUCGCAGCUUCCGAACCCAACACACCCCCCUCGCCGCCAUACUGCUCCACCGCGUACAUCGGAAGUCAUAACACAACUAACCAUGACCAAGCAGCAAGCUAACUGGUCUCCUUACGACAACAAUGGCGGAUCCUGCGUUGCAAUUGCCGGAGCCGAUUAUUGCGUUGUUGCGGCCGAUACUCGCAUGUCCACUGGUUACAGUAUUCUCACCCGCGAUUACUCCAAAAUCUGCAAACUAGCGGACAAAUGCGUAAUGGCGUCUUCUGGUUUUCAAGCUGAUGUGAAAGCUUUACAAAAGGUCUUGGCAGCUAGGCACUUGAUCUAUCAGCAACAACACAACAAGCAGAUGAGCUGCCCUGCUAUGGGUCAACUGCUCUCUAACACCCUCUACUAUAAACGUUUCUUUCCAUAUUAUUCCUUCAACGUUCUAGGUGGCCUUGACAGUGAAGGAAAGGGUUGUGUCUUCACAUAUGAUGCUGUUGGUUCCUAUGAGAGAGUUGGAUAUAGUUCCCAAGGUUCUGGCUCCACACUCAUCAUGCCCUUUCUGGAUAACCAGCUGAAGUCUCCCAGCCCUCUCUUAUUGCCGGCCCUGGAUGCUGUGACACCACUUUCUGAAUCAGAAGCAGUUGAUUUGGUUAAAACUGUUUUUGCAUCUGCAACUGAGAGGGAUAUAUACACUGGAGACAAGCUUGAAAUUGUCGUCCUAAAUGCUGAAGGUAUUCGACGUGAAUACAUUGAACUCAGGAAAGACUGAUUUCUGUCCUGAAAUUGUUGUUCUUGGCUUCAAAGCAGAAUGUUGAAAUUGUAUGAAAUGGCCUUUGAUGAUAUUGCCAUGGUGGUUAUUUAGAGCACAAUCACCCUUGUCAUCACCGCAAAAAAGCAUGAUACUUUCUGACAUUCAUUCUUCAUGUUCACAGCUUCCAAAUUCUCCUGUCUCUUUCUCUUCUUAGUAUUCUUCUCAUUGGAAUGAUUUUCAUAAUGAAAUUCAUGAACAUUGCUGUCAAAAUCUGCCUUCCAUUAAAG